AUGGUGGGGAAGAUCAUCAAGUUCUUUGUCUCUAAUCUCCCAGAAGGUUGCACCCCAUGGGAGCUUAGGAGAUGUCUGGAAAGCUUCGGAGUGGUGGCGGGGACGUAUGUUGCGAAGAAGAGAGACAAGGGUGGGUGUAGAUUUGGUUUUGUCUCUUAUAAAGACGUUAGGGAUAAGGAGGAGUUGGAGAAAGCUUUGAGGGGGGUGAAGAUGGGGGAUUGUAAGCUCAAAGUUAACGUGGCCAGAUUUGCAAUGGAAAAUGCGGGAGUUGAAGGGACAUCGGUGGGAGGCGUUCAGGCCACCAAACCUUUUGUUGCAGGGGUAAACUAUGCAGCUUUUGGUGGUAAGGACGGUAGGUCGUACAGUGAGGUGGUGGGGGCUAAGAGGUCAGGAGGAGAAUCCAGUAGGGGAGGUGGCAGUGUCCAAGUCAAGUCGAUGGAUAGGGAAGAGGAAAGGUCCGUGGUGGUUCCGGACAGAAUGGUAGCUUUUCAGGAAUUAAGGGGCUUGGCUGUAGUGGGUAGGACAGCCAACUUGGAGACCUUGGUGGAUUUCGACAAACUCUUGAGGAUUGCUAAAAUUGGUUUCAAAAACAUUCAAUAUUUGGGUGGGUUAUCUAUUUUGGUGUCGUUUGAGAAUUCAGAAGGAGCGAGGUCUUUCCUUAGUUCGAAGAAAGUGUGGGAACCGUGGUUCUCGAAACUGGAGUCAUGGGAAGGGCAGGCGUUACCGUUGGAACGAGUGAUUUGGCUGAAGAUUUCAGGGGUGCCGUUACAUUUACUGAAUCCAGAGAUUCUUGACAUGGUUGGUGGGGUGUUCGGGAAAGUGUUAUAUGUGAAGAAGUCGUUCUUGGAGGAGAAGGAUUUGUCUGUGACCAGGGUGGCGGUGCUCGCUGGUGAGGCGUAUAGGGUUAGGGAGAUGAUCAAAGUUGUUUGGAAGGAUAGAUCUUUCAGGGUCUGGGUUGAGGAAGAAGCUGAAGACUGGAUUCCCGACUGUUUACGUUUUGGCGAGAUGGAUGUGGAUGGAAGCUCAUCUCCAUAUUCGGAUGAGCCUGUUGCGAAUACGGCGGGGUCUUCCCCACUGGCCUCGUCUCCGGUGGUGGAGUGCUCGGAGAUGGGCAGUCAGGGAGUUGUGGAGGGGGGUAUCGAAGGGUCAAAAUCGGAAGGAGAGCAGGAGGCUGUUCGAAAGGCGGCGGGCGCGGGCCCCAAUGGCGUGGGUGAUAUGGGGAAUGUCUUUAAUUAUGACUCCUUCUUGGGUAAUGCGAGCGGGUCCCCAUCUGCAUCUUUAAAAAAGAAAAAAGGUUUGUUUGUCUUUAGUGCACGUAAGAAGUCUAAGAGACAAAGGAAAGGGGUUUCGUUAAAUAAGGGGAGCCCACUGGGCCAGUUGGACUCUAGUGAAAAAUCCAGGCCUUGUAAGAGAAAUAGAUCAGACCUCGAAGAGAAUAGUGACCCGUUUUCUCUUGACAAAUUUCUUGGCCCAACUUAUCUCAACAGUAAAUCAGGGGGUGAGGAUAAGGUCUCGAGGGUCGGUGGGGAAGAUUUAUCUCCUGAUGCGGUCGGUGGCGUGCCUUUCGAUCUAAACCACAGGGCCGAUGCGGACCUGGCUUCUUCGUCAAAUAGGCAGGGAGAAGGGAUGGAGGGUAACUCCGGUGGUGGGAGCGGUGAUGUGGAUCAGGAGGUCAGGGUUACUGUUUGUUUAGGGGUCCGAAUUGGAAUGGAGCUGAACGGGAAAGAGGAUCUCAUCAAGAGAGUUGUUCAAGGAUCAGGUAUUAAUGUGGUCCAAUCAUGA